GGGGAGGGAGAGAGAAAACUUGUCGUCACAGUCCGGAAAAUGAUGGAAAACACGCCGAACAGCCGCCCUCACGUUGAGAGCUCCGGAGACUGCGCCAUCUGUUUGGACCCAAUUCAGAAAAAGAAAACGCUGACGUGUCAGCACUCUUUCUGCACGGAGUGUAUUGACUCCGUUUUUAAAGUGAAGCCCGCGUGCCCGAUAUGUAACACCUUCCACGGAGUGUACACGGGGACACAGCCGAUGGGCACGAUGACGGUGACCCGCAGCUGGCUGAGCCUGCCGGGCUACGAGGGUUGCGGGUCCAUUACCAUUCAGUACAGCUUCCCCGCGGGAAUACAAGGGCCCGAGCACCCAAACCCCGGAGUGAGGUACAGCAGCACCUCUCGUACCGCCUUCCUGCCAGCCUGCGCUGAGGGAGAAAAAGUCCUGAAGCUGCUGAGGAAAGCGUUUGACCGAAGACUCAUAUUCACUGUAGGACGAUCUGCAACCACGGGCCUCAACAACGUCAUCACCUGGAAUGACAUUCACCACAAGACCAGCACUACAGGCGGUCCAGAGUGCUUUGGGUAUCCAGACCCAGAAUACUUGCUCAGGGUUCAAGAGGAGCUUUACCUCAAAGGUGUGACAGAAGAUGACUGAUGGGCAAAGACAUUGCUUCAYGUAACAACGAUUCCUUAUAUAAGUCUGCACUUUUCGCUGCCCUCCCACUGGGAUGACAGUCACUGAURCUUCUGAGAGCUGAAUCAACUUUCCCAAAGGUUUUCUAAAUUAUGUAAAAGUUUCCUAUUUUUAGUUUUUASUUUAAAGAAAGAGGUAGUACUUUGGUUCUGAGCAUCUCCUUGUAGUGAAUAAGGAUUUUUGUGGCCCAGUGAACAACAAACUGUACAUAAUAGGGUAAAUAUUUGAAAGAGAAAUGUUUAAAAUAGUGUCAUGAAAAUUUUAUUCAGAUAAAUGCGUCUUCAUCUCAAGAAACAUAUCAGUGAUGAUGAUGAUGAGCCUAAACAUUCUGUUACUAAUAGUUUCUUAGUUCUAAAAAAUCUAAAACACAUUUAAUUUCUUUCCCGACAUAAUAAGAGCUCUGUUAGUUAGAAGUUGCAAUAAUGUUACUUGCUGUUACAAACACACUUAAAGCACAUUUUGAAGGAAUACUUUUACUUCAUUUCAAAACAAACUGCUAAUAAGUUUGAAAGUGCAACCCCAGUUCUGAAAAAGUAAAAUGUAAAUAAAAACAAAAUGCAAUGAUUUGCAA